UGACUGGGACAAGAAUCUAUUUCAAGUUGGUCUGGCUUGGUAUGUCUUAUGUACUAACUAGAUCAUUUUUUGUUAAGUUGAUAGUUUUUCAGUUCUAGUUUAGGAAUUUUUUACCGUUUUAAUCAGUUUAUCCGUUUCUGUUUCUCUUUACUAAAUCAGAUCCAUUCAUCCUUUAGAGAUGUGAAAUUAUUAAUUCCUUAUAUUGUAAAUGUUUCCCAACUAUUGAUAAAUAUUUUCUUCUAUUUAUGCCAGUUCAAUUAUUUUUAUUGUUUUAAAACGGAUAUUAAUGAACCCGUACAUUUAAUUUUUGAAGAAUUUCACAUCCCAUGCAUGUAUUACAGGUUUUAAGUUGAAGUCGUAAUAAAAGAAAGACUAUAGAACCUUGAUGGGUUGAGUAAAUGCAGACAAAUGCAGCCAAUGUUAUGCUGUUGCAGUUUUGAAAGAUAAUUUAAAUCCUCCAUUCCCCUAGAAGUUUUGGACAGGAAUUUCAUAGAAGGGACCAAAAUGGCUUCAGCUGAUUCUUUUUCAUAUGACAUUAUUGACAGUGUUUUUACUAGAAUGUAAAUGAAUUUUUGGUUUGGUUUGAGUAUAGUUGAAUUGGUUAGCAUGUGUUUGGAAGAGAUGCCAAAUCAGCUCUUUUAGACUCUAUAUGAUGUGCUGUUGCUUAAUUGGAAGCUGGUCUCAAUCGUCUUGCAUUCAAUCUUGUGGAGACUUUUGUCCUCUUAUAUUAGGAAGAAAGAGAAUUUCAUUAUGAAUUCAUCCAGUGACUUUAUUUCUUAAAAGGAACUGAAAUAUAUUCUAGUUAGCAUCAUUUUCUUUCCUGAUGAGAUUGCCUAUCUUUCUUUUCCUUUAUUUCCAUUAUCCUUUCAUUGGAGGAAAGUUAUUGAUUCAUCAACUACUACUAAUGUAGGAUCAAAUAGAAAACACAAGAUCAACCAUAUCAGGCUCAGCUAGUAACUGCCAUUCAAAUGCUGGAAAACAAUCUGAAAAUGUUGCUCAUGUACCUUCUGUCGGAAACGGCCAUGCUCCCAAGGUGAGGAAACCAUAUACCAUUACUAAACAAAGGGAGAAGUGGACAGAGGAAGAGCAUCAAAAGUUCCUUGAAGCUUUGAAAUUGUACGGUCGAGGGUGGCGCCAAAUUGAAGAGCAUAUAGGUACCAAAACAGCUGUUCAGAUUCGAAGCCAUGCUCAAAAGUUUUUCUCUAAGGUUGUUAGGGAAUCUGAGGGAAGUGCUGAGAGUUCUAUACAGCCAAUUAACAUACCUCCUCCUCGGCCUAAGAGAAAACCCCUCCACCCAUAUCCUCGAAAAUCAGUUGAUGCUUUCAGAGGACAUGCCAUACCAAAUGAAACUGAAACAUCUCAAUCCACAAACCUGUUGGUUGCAGAGAAAGACACCCCAUCUCCGACCUCUGUGCUAUCUACGGUUGGUUCGGAAGCAUUUGGGUCUGCAUUUUCAGAGCAGAAUAACAGAUGCCUUUCGCCAAACUCUUGCACAACUGAUAUUCACUCCGUCAGCUUGUCACCUGUUGAAAAGGAAAAUGAUUGUAUGACAUCCAAAGCAUCUGAGGAGGAAGAAAAAGGAUCUCCAGCUUCAGUUCCUUUAUCCAUUGUUUCUGACCCAAACAUGUGCAUGAAGCCCGAAUUUAGUUCCAAGGAAACUGAAUAUGGUAUAGAUGAUUCGGCCAAUAUGCCACAAACCACUAGUAUUAAGCUUUUUGGAAGAACGGUAUCUAUGGUAGACAAUCAGAAGCCGCAGAACAUAGAUGACAACGGUAAGGCAAUAAUAACUGUUAAGUCUGAUGAAGUGGAUGAUGCUGGGAAUGAGAAGCCUGGCCAAUCAACUGAGCAAGUAGAUACACAAUUAUCACUAGGCUUGGUUGGUGGCAACUGGUCCAUAACACCUGAUUCUGAUGGAGCUGAUCGCAGCGAAGAGCCACCGAAGGAGAACGUGUGCCUCAGUGAAUGUGUACCUGAUGCAUCUUUUCCACAGUGGAGUUUGUACCAAGGCCUCCCAGCUUUCUGUGUAAGCCCAUGCAAUCAGAUCCUAAAUCACAUGCCUCUUAGGCCCUCUUUGAAAGUAAGAGCAAGAGAGGAGGAAAGUUGUUGUACUGGUUCCAACACAGAAUCAGUUUGUGACAUGGAAAACCAAGGCAAGAACUCAGAUGCUGUUGAUUCUAAGUGUGAAAAAUAUGAAGGGGAAGGAGCUGCACCCCAGAAGCCUGCAAGAGGGUUUGUUCCAUAUAAAAGAUGUUUGGCCGAAAGAGAUGGAACUUCUUUAAUUGCGGCCUUGGAAGAGAGGGACGGGCAACGAGCUCGUGUGUGCUCAUAGCCUUCCAUUCCAUUUUUAGAAGAUUCAUAAUCAUGGUAUUAGAGGAAAAAAAAAACUGAGAAAUAAGGACCCGAUUUAGGUAGCUGUGAUCUAAUUGUCUAAUUGACAAGCAUCUGAUUUCCAAUUCUUUUUUCCAACAACUUUCUUCUUCCACGUGAAAACAUUUCAUGUCCAAUAAUUCAUGCGGGGGCUGGUGGCAUUAUUUGUUCUGGUUUGUAUCGUGUUACAGUUACUUUAACCAAAUAGACACAUAGCAGCAAGUCUGUAAGUUAGUUUUAUUCCUACUAUUUGCAUGUCUUUCUAGUUGCAUGUUACACAUAUCAGUGACACACAUCAGUGACGAGGGUGUACCAGGGAAGCUUGGACAAGCAUCGCAGGUCAUUGAACAUCAUAUUAUUUCUUCUGACAAAAGGAUUGCCUCUGGAAAGCAUAUUGUGUCUAUGUAUUAAGCUUUGAGAGAGUCAUGUAUUUCGGAUUUUCUUAAUGUAUCAUUCUUUUUAGUCACAGAUUAUAAACAUUGUUUCUUCAUUGUUGAA